UUCCCCCCUCUUCUCUGUCUGUUUCUCUUUCUUCUCUGUAAAUUCCCCAAUCCCCCUUUCUCUCCAGAAGAAAGGGUGAAGGCAAGCUUGUGUCAAAAUGAAGGUUUUUGCCCUGACUGCUCUGCUGAUCAGCAUCUGCUGUAUUGAAGGUGGUUUAGUGAAACGGCAAGCCGAGGAAGAACCUCAGGGAGAAGUCUCAACCACCUUUACCUCUCAGUUAAGUGAAUUUAUCCGGAAACUGCAACAGGAAACCGAAGGAUUUGCUACAUCCAUCAAGGAAAGAUUUGGGCAACCAACAGUAGAAGACGUCAGGAGGCAAUUUGAUACGGCGAUCCAGCAAUUUCAGGACAGCUUUGAUCCUAUCGCCGAACACAUCAGGCAAAAUGUAGGCCGACUGUUCACCCUCCCUGGUCAGGCCCAGCAACCCGUGGAAGAAGGCUCAUAAAGUCGACUUCUCUCCCCAAAAUGGAGUUCUCCAUUUUCCGUUGGCCUCGGGGUGUGGGGUGGGGUAUAUAUUGAGCCGAAGAUCCUGGCACGUUUUCCCUGAAUCGAAAGUGUUGAAAUCCUAAAAAGUGGUCACAAUAAAAAUAAAUCUUUCCCUA